GGAAUUGGACAUAACCAGAUGACAAAAGGAAAGACGCUUUGGAUAUGAAUAUGACAGAUUUCUAGCGUGUAAGUUAAAAAGAUUGUGGGUUCUACUUUUGGUACUUCUGAUGAUUUCGAUAGACCGUAAAGGUCUUUUUAUGUUGAUCGUUGAUCCUUUUUCUAAUUUUGCUUUAUAUUUUUGUUGAUUAGUUAUCUCUUUCACUUGGGUUUUCUAAUAUUUUAAUUGAGUUUAUUGAACGUAACUAAACAUUUUGUUGUUCUUAAACACGCUAAUUAAACUGGAACGGUGAAUCAAUCACAAUAUAAAGAGGCAAAAGUCAUUUAUAUAUGGUCAUAUUUCUUUUGCUGUCUCAAGUUCUUUAAACGCGCGUGUCGUAGUUCCAGCAAAUAACCUGUCAAAAUAAUUGGUUUGCUAAAACUCUUAAAAGGUUUCUGCAUCAAAAUGGGAUAUUUGGUUGACUUUCAUCAAACUGAUUUUUUUUUGUUUGGUCAUAAUCAAACUGAUGCAACUUAAUUUAGUUUUCCGCGAUGUGCAAAUUAGUAGGUGAAAUAAACAAUAAAUAUUCUUUCAGCAAAUAAGCCAAUAUAAAAUCGGCCGUCCUUAUUCAUGUCAAUAUGAAAAAGUAAUAUAUUUUGUUCAUCACUUUCUCUGGACUGUCAUAUAAUCAAAUUUUAAAUCGAUGUAACAAUUCACUGAAUCGGGUGUUAGAAAAAAAUAUGUGUGUUUCUUCACUAAAAGUCUAAGAUACUGCUACAACCCAAAUCUAACCUAUAUUCGAAUAAUGUUGACACGUCCUCACUUGUGUAUGUUUUGGUCCUAAGCUUGAACGUUACAGCAGACAAGUGUCUCAUAAAGACAUCCAAAUCUGAUUCGCUUCUCAGGUACAUACACUUAAUCGAGAGUGUAGCUUUCCCAAGAACUAUGGAUGCUACUGUAUAUAUGUCUUUGUGUAAUAUAAUAUUGUGUUUACUUGCAUUACUUAAACUCCUUUUACUUUAGUUCAUAAUUUUAAAAAAUUUCAUCCCUCCUUUGAUAGAGUGGAUUGCUCUGACAUGUAUGCAUCAAUUAUGUAUAGGCUGAUGCUUUUGUCAUCGUACGUUUUAUUGGUUCGAAUAUUUUUUAUCAUUAGUUGAUAUGAAACGACAUUUUCAUUUUUUCAGUAGUCGAUAUAUCCUUUUGUAUGUUUUAUAUGUUUUGUGAUAAGAAUCUCUUAAACUAUUUAUUUGCUACAUGUUUUAAUAAUAUAUCAUAGAACUUUCCUUUGUAAAAAAUAUAACUUGACUUUAAUUUAUAACAAUAAAUAUAUAUUAUAGGCGUUUUAUAUAAUAUAAAAUUUUAUUUCAAAAUACAUAAAGAAAACACCGUGUUAUGUUUUUACAACUGAAUCAGUGAGUACAUCAUGUGGACCUAUAGUAAUUUCUCCCUCUCGCAGAAGAAAGGAAGAGAUUGCAACUUUUUUUUCUUACGGCAAAUAUUGGAAGUAUUAUAUAUUAUUCUUAAGGCGAGUUUUUACCCAAAAAUCGGAGUAUUACAUUAUUAACUCCAACGUGUCGUGUUUCAAAAAAAAAAACUAAAAACAAAUCGGUGUAUUUAUUAACUCCAACGUGCAAUAAAGUUUUGUUGAAAAUAACUCAUAAAAGUCUUACCGUUUGUGUAAAUAUAAGCGUAGAAGUCAUGGUGAUAGAUAGAGAGGGAAGACGUCUCUUUGACUACCCUUCAAUCAUAAAACAAAAUGUGCUAAAAAUUCAAAAGCAAAGUCCCUAACUCGCCUAACUCCAUUCCUCAUUUGACUUUGCUUUAAAUGUAAAUAGUCAUAUGUUAGUUAGCUACAUUAAAAUUUGGAAUUAAGAUUAUUUUAAGUAUACUCAGUUAAUUCCGUCUAUAAAUUAGUUUUAAGUACUACUAUGUUCACCGAGUAGUUUCUGAACUAGGUUAAGAUCCGCGCCUUACGCAGAAUUAAUAUUAUCUAGUUUCAAGAAAACAAUGAAAUUUUUUUAUAGAAAAUUUGUGUAUGUAUUAAUUUAUAUUUCACAUAAAUUAGUACAAAUGUAAAUACUAUAUAUUAUUCUCAGUUUCACAUUUUUUUCCAAAUAUAAACAUUGAAUUAUUAACACUGAAUUAUUAAAAUAGAAAUAACUGUAAAACAACCUCAAUUUGUAUUCUUCACAUAAUAAGCACUUCAAUCUCUUUGAGAAAGAAUUGUAAAAUAUUGAUGUUUUCCCCGUCAUUAUUUUUUCAUGCUCAAGGGAGUUACUACCUGGCCAGUGUCCAUCCAUAAUAUUCCGGUUAAAAAGCAAUAUACAGAUUUUUACUGGUCACUGAUUCUACCUCAUUUGUCUUCUGGAAUAAUAUCGAUCAUAAACAAAUUACAGAAUAUUUUGCAAAUGUCAUAGAAUAGAAAAUCAAAGAAAUACAAAAAAAAAAAAUGGCGAACUUUAUGGAGAUCGAAGCUAAUCAAUAAUAUUCCACAAAAUUUAAUCACAUCCUUUAAACAAUGUAGAAUAUUUGUAUAUGAUAAGGUAUAUGUCUAUCAGUUUUUAUAUUAGUGAUCCUGCAGGUCUGAGCUAGAUAGAUUCAUCGCUCAAACUAUAAAUUGUGAAGCCAUCAUUCUUUACUAAAUUUGUGUCCAUAUAACCGAUAUAACAAAUGAAGAAAAUGAAAUUGUAAGUUUCAAAAAAAAAAAGAAAAUGAAAUUGUAAUCACACAAGAAUAUAUGAUUAAUAAUUCAUUUAGGCCAUAAUAAUAAUCACAGUUAUUUCCAACGUUCAAAAAUUUUUUUACAGUUAUUUUAAACUGGAUUAUACAUAUAUAUACAUAACAUUUUACGUCUGCGCUACUAUUUGUUAAAAUCUAGAAACUCUGUAAAAUAAAAUUCUUAUCUAAGAGAAAGUGAAGAGUGCGUGUUACUAUUUAUCUGAACAAGUCAGAGGGUCAAACCUAAGUAUUUUUAAUUACACAAAAGUUGACCAAGCAAAGACUUAAGAAUAGUAUACUAUAUAGUUGCAAAAUCCCACUUUAGAAACAAUAAUAAAAAAAUACAAUAAUUGAAUAUCACACUUAUGCCGUGUUGUAGUCACUCUUCAUUCUUCUACUUAUUUUCAAAUAUCCGUAAUAAAAUACUUUUAAAAUUAUAUAUUCCUGUGUUCCUUCACUAUAUAUAUUAAAAUCACGUAUUGCUUAAUCACUUCAAAUCUAAUCCACAAAGCCUUUCACACCAUCUCAUCUGUCUCUCUUUUCCUUUUCCCUCAUUAAAAUAAAGAGAAAUGGAAGAUUACGAGCAAAACUCAAACUCUCCAGCUCAUGAAGAAGAUUCUGAUGUACGGAAAGGUCCAUGGACUGAAGACGAAGAUGCUAUUCUCGUCAACUUCGUUUCCAUCCACGGUGAUGCUCGCUGGAACCACAUAGCUCGUUCCUCAGGACUUAAGAGAACUGGUAAGAGUUGUAGAUUAAGAUGGCUUAACUACUUGCGUCCAGAUGUUAGACGAGGCAACAUCACUCUCGAAGAACAAUUUAUGAUCCUCAAACUCCAUUCUCUAUGGGGCAAUAGGUGGUCAAAGAUUGCACAAUACUUACCGGGAAGAACAGAUAAUGAAAUAAAGAAUUAUUGGAGGACCCGGGUGCAGAAACAAGCUAAACACCUUAGAUGCGAUGUUAAUAGCAAUCUUUUCAAGGAGACAAUGAAAAAUGUUUGGAUGCCUAGACUAGUGGAAAGAAUCAACGCCCAAACACCAUCCCCCACGUAUGAGCAAGUGGAGUCUAUGGUCACCGAUCCAAGUCAACCUAUCGAGGAACCGAAUCUGGUCGAACCGGAUUUUGUUCAAUUUAACCAGAAUUAUCAUUGUCAACAGCAACAGUUCGUGCCAGCGUCAGACGUGUCCGCAACGUCUUCGAAUUCGCCAGCUGAGACGUUAUCAGACGUUCAAGGAGGGGUAGUGAACGGGACGGUUUAUGAUCCAGCGGGUCAAACGGGUCUCGGUGGGUUCAACGAUUGGGGCUGUGUUGGUGGGGACAACAUGUGGACCAAUGAGGACAGUUUUUGGUUAUUCCAGGACCAGUUGUGUAAUGAAACGACAUCGUAUUUGUAUAAUUAAGGAAAUAUACAUACGAUUACGGUACGUAACGAGGAAUUCAAUUGCGUCACGUUUGGUGUAAUAUUCAUUCGUGCGUGAUGCCAUUUUAGAUACGGCCUUGGUAUACGAAUCUUGACUUAAUUCGACAUGUUUUAAUUUCCUAUUUUUUUCUCUAUUAAAUUAAGUUAUGAUUAUCACAUGAGGAUAUUGUGAUUUGUGAUAUACUAUGUGAAUUAUUCAAUAUUACUUUUGUUCUCAUAA